GAAGGCAUGCUCAUUAGAGCCUCCUUGUCCUUACUCUCACUCCCAGCAACAUGCGUCACGGCUCUACAGAUCACCAAGCGGUCAUCAAUGACUGGGACAUCGCAGGCGACGCUACCCAUGUAGGUGUCGCCGACGCCGAGCAUGCGAAUUGCGCUGGACGCAGGGGCACUCUGCAUUUCAUGGCCAUCGAGUUGAACUGGAGAUUUCACGACAACCUUCCUCACCACUACCGCCACGAGCUCGAGGCCCUGCUUUGGGUUCUCGCCUUUGUCUUUCUCGCAUACCGGCCCGCCUGCGAGACCGACGUGAAGCCACGGGAGGUCGGUACGAAGUCCUGCGCAGCCGGUGGCAAUGCCGAGCUAGUUCAAGGGUUUAUGAGGCGGCCCAUCCAGAGGCAACCUUCCCAGAUACGCCGCUGGCUCGCUGCGGUCGAGUACAAGGACUGUGGGUCGGCGAAGUAUACCCUUCUCAUCGAUAUCAGGGGACGCGGGGACCCUCGCGCCGCGCCGCACCCGCACCCUGCCUUCGAGGCUGACUGGUUCUUUGUUCGCGUUCUCAUGUCUGGGCUGUACAGAGAAUUUCACCUACGAGAGGUCACAGUGAGCACGCUCUUGGAGGAAUUAUUCAUGACCUUCUGGGAUGCACGGCGCCCGGGAGAGGAGCUGUGCAAGCUGCUGAGAGCGGAGCCCGAUGAUGUUGCGGGGCCGUACGGCCGGCAUUGGGCGCUCGUCCAGAAAUUCGUCUAUCUACAUGCGCCGGGGGCUGCGUACUUACUGCGUUGCAAGGCAACUGAAAGUCCAUUGUAAUCACGGUAGGACAGACUAUAUUGUAGCGCUGACAGGAUUCGGCAAGCGGUGCAUGCUGUGUUUCUCUUGCACGAUACUCUCAGGUUUCGUCCACGUCCUCGCCAACCGCUCGCGCGCGACCGACACCUUUAUGACCACCUCCAUC